AUGUUGUCUGGUAAGGUUUUACAGAAACUAGUCUUCAACAAUGUCCCAUUGAAAACUAGUGUUGGUAGAUGUUACUCAAAUGGUUUUACUUUCAAAUUGAAUCAGUUCCAGAAAUCAGGGUUUCAUACUACAAGGGUUCUUUGCAAUUCGGAUUCAUCUUUUAAAGAUCCUUACAAGACUUUAGGUGUUGCCCGUAGUGCUAGUCAAUCAGAAAUUAAAAAAGCUUACUAUAAAUUAGCAAAAAAAUAUCAUCCCGAUAUUAAUAAAGAACCUGAUGCUGAAAAAACUUUCCAUAAUUUACAAAAUGCUUAUGAAAUACUUUCUGAUGAAGAUAAAAGAGCUCAAUUCGACCAAUUCGGUGCAUCGGCUUUCUCACAGAAUGCUGGUCCAAGUGGUGGUUCAGGUGGGUUCAAUCCAUUUGCUAAUGGUAACGGUGGUGGGUUUGGUGAUUUUGGUGGGUUGAAUUUCGAAGAUUUAUUUGGCGCUGCCUUUGGUGGUGGUGCUUCAGGACGUUCAAAUGGUGGAUUCGGUUCAAGAGUUAACAUGGUUAGAGAAUAUAAAGGUGAUACCAUCGAAAUUAUCCAUAAUUUAAGCUUCAAAGAUGCCGUAUUUGGUGUUAACAAUGUUUCUCUAACUUUUAACGCUUUGGAUCCUUGUGAUACUUGUCACGGUUCAGGUUUGAAAAAGGGUGAGAACCACAAGAGAAGAUCUUGUUCCUAUUGUAAUGGUACUGGUACUCAAAUACAUGUACGUUCGGGCUUCCAAAUGGCUUCAACUUGUAACCACUGUCAUGGUGAGGGUACUAUUAUUGCAUUUGAAGACAUGUGUACGAAAUGUCAUGGUGACGGUGUUAAAUUAGAUGCGCAAAAGAAAAUAAAUGUUAACCUACCUUCUAGUUUAUCUGACGGUGAUGUAAUCCGUAUCCCAGGUGAAGGUUCAUUCCCAAAUAUUGCGGUCCCAGAAGAAGAUAAAGAUAGAGUUAAAUUAUCCAGAGGUGAUUUAUUAGUAAGAAUACGUGUAAAACCUGAUCCAGACUACACCAUCAAGAAUAAAUACGAUAUUUGGUCUGUCAAAGAGAUUCCAAUUACCACAGCAGCACUAGGUGGUACCAUCACAAUUAAAACCAUUGAUGAUAAACAAAUUAGAUUAAAGGUAAUGGCAGGAACACAACACGAUCAAGUAACAUCAAUUCCAAAUAUGGGUGUCCCACGUAGAAAUGGGUUAGGACGUGGUGAUAUGAAGAUUCAAUACAAAGUAGUGAUAAGGAAACCAUCUACUGAAGUCGAAACCUGUCUAUGGGAAGCUCUCGCAGACGUCUCAAAGGAUACUACUGCAAAGAGAACCAUGAGCAACAGCAUUUUAUCAUCGAACCCUGAAGAUACUACAAAGACCAAUUCUAAGGAUAGUAGCACAGAUGUGAACACUCUAAAAAAGAUUGAAAAUUUUAUUUCAGAAACAUUUAAAAAGAUCAAGGGCAAGAAACAAUAA